GCGCUAUGUCGGGUUGAGUGGUGGACGUGUCGCUCCUCGCCAUGGCACUUACUGAGGCCCCUGCUAUUCACUUCCUCUACGCUGCGCUCUUCCUUCUUCGGAGACAUGGAGAAUCUAUAGUCAUAUAUACCCAUGAAGACCUCUAAGGGUAAGGGAGGAUCACCCUCUACUUUUAUUAUGAGGAACACCGUGAUGGCGAUAGGUAUGGUGGCGGCGGCGGUAGCGGUAGCGGCGGCAGGGCGAGAAUCCAGCCAGGAAAGGAUGGAGCUGACCUCUGCCGACCUUCAGCGUGUUGGAGAGUUUCUGAGCGAGCUGACGCAUAGCCUUUACGCCAACACGGCUUCCCUUUGCGUCCUUCAGGAAAAAGGCGUCAACGGCAGCGUCAGCGACUACUGGCGCCUUGCUGCCUUGCUGAGUCGCAGCUUCGUGUUCGUGGUGCCCUGCAACACUCCGCCACCAACACCCCGUCCCUGCCUCACCGCCUCCAGGCCCCCUCUCGCCCCCGCCUCCCCCACCUGCCGCAAGAACAAUCGAAUCGACAUCUACAUCACGGACGCCGAGCAGAUGGAAGCGGCGUUGGAGCUUGUGGCGGCGCGGUACACGGGUAGCCGCGGGGACGUGAGGCAGGUGGUUGUUGGGCGCCAGGUGGAGCUGCCCAGGCAGGUGGCGGCGGGCGUCAUGUCGUGGAUAUUCGCUUCGUUCGACCAGGAAGCGUUGGUGGUGGAUGUGCAAGAGAUAUUCGGCUUCAGGGACUCGGCCAUGUCCCUGGUGGGCCAGCCCCUGGGGAGGUGGAGGCACGGCGUGCCCCUGCGGCUUUCCAACCAGCCAGGCUUAGGCCCCACGGACUUCCAGGGACAAACCAUCUUCCUCGCCUCCUUCCCCUAUCCUCCGUUUUUGAUGCGGGGGAAGACGUGUCCUGAGUCAAACCACUCCGACGAGAUCACGGAGCACCUUCCUAACCACUGCCUCACCCAAAGGCCCAGGCACCUGAUGAACGAUGAAGUCUACAUUGGGUUCUUCAUGGACAUCUUUAACACUUUGGCAAACAAGCUGAACUUUACGUACCGCGUGGUGCUGCCUGAUCAUCCUGACGACUGGGUCUUCGGGACAGGCAGGAGUGAUAACUACUCUGGCCUCGUGGGGAUGGUGGCUCUGCAGAAAGCAGAAGUCGCCCUGGCCAGUCUGUCGAUGUCUCAAGAGCGGCAGGAUGACAUCGAUUUCUCCACAAACAUCGACUUCUUUGUGAGGAACCUGUACAUCAGAGCCAACGCCACUGAGUCCAGCCUGGGCUGGGGGACGUAUGCGUUUGCCUUCGAGGUGCCUACUUGGCUAGGCACGCUCGUCCUCUUCCUGGUGACCGCCUGCAUCAUGUGGGUGGUGAGCCGCGGCGAGCAGGACCAGACGCCGCGGGAAAUCUACUGGUUUAAGGAUAUUGCGUUUAUGUUCUUCUCUUGCAUGGUGCAGCAAGGAGUGCACGCCACACCCAUCUCGCUGCGGGGUCGUACAGUGUUCAUCAUGUUCUGGAUGUCGUGUGUCGUCGCCUACGCCUACUACACGGCGCGGCUCACCUCCUACCUGGCUGUGAGCACCGUCAAGCCGCCCUUCCGCACCUUCCCCGAGGCGGUGAACAGCUUCCCCGAGUGGCAGAUUGGCAUUAUGAAAGGCACGCCGCUCAAGACGUUCAUUGAGGACUCGACAGGGAAGGUAUACCAGCAGUACUCCUCCAUACUGGAAGACAACCCUGGCCUGCUUGUGGACUCGGAAGAAGAGGGAGUGGCGAGGUUGCUCACUGAGAACUAUGCAUUCUUCACGGACUCACCCAUCAUGGACUACAUGUUUAGUGAGAACUGUUCCAUUAGGACGCUGCAAAUCAACCUGUUCCCCAGCUAUGGGCGCCUGGGAUACAUGAAGAACCUCCCUUUCGCUGGCGUGUUGAACAAGGAGCUGACUCGACUUUACGACGGCGGUUUGUUGGACAGGAUGAGGCGACAGUGGUGGGGCCAAGGACUCCCCUGCGAGGAGCCUUCCGCCUUCACGGAGCUUGACUUUACACACACUGUGACCGCCUUCGUCAUCCUUCUUUCGGGUAUUAUUUGCUCUCUUAUCUUCCUCAUCGUCGAGAGAAUACAGGGAAAGAAGAUCCCACGUCAACCAGUUGUAUCUGAAAGUGACUUAAUGACGGGAAUGUCUGAAAAGGCGGAGCGGAAGAGAGGAAGAAAAAGAAAGGCAAGGAGGAACACUGGGGAUCCUCCAGAGUACAUCAGCUUCGUCGACGAGGGGCGUGACUACAGCUCCCCCUAGCCGGUGGUGCGUGUUGAAAUGGUGUAGACUUCACAGAGCAGUGCCACGUUUCUACAGCAAGUUUCGCCUUAGAAGUAGAGGUCUCUGCCUUGCAUAGUCUUGCAUGUAUUGGGUAGGGGCUACUAAAAGCAAGUAGCUGUAAAAAUAAUGUGCACCCGCUUCUUUAUGGCUGCUUGAUGGAGAGUCGUAAUUAGGAUAACUAGGCAGACGCAUGCCAACAUAUAUGAAGCCUUUAAAAGCGAGUAGAUUAGAAAGAAAAAGACCAGUAAGAGAAAUAAUGUAUAGAUUUAACCAUUUGCACAUUUCAACCAAAGUUUCGACCUUUAUAGAGACACCUAAAAAACUAAAUCUUUAAUGUUCCUGGAGAAAAGGUGCCAGCGCCGCCAGGGUAGAAUGUUCAAAUGUUCCGCCUUUAUAGAUGUCGCUGCUGCAGGACCGGUUAUUAUAAUUUUCACGGUAGCCUUCUUAAUACUGUAAUAUGUGAGGACAAACUAAUAACAUUCAACAUUCCAUACAAUGUGUAUCUUAAUGUUUAUGAUAUUUCCAUUGCUGGCUGGCACAGCUUCAUUUCUUGGGUUUCGUGUCUUUCCUGUGUUCUUUUUUUCUGAAAGCGGAACAUCUUUGGUAUUACUUGGUUUCUCUUUAAAUUUUUAAUAUUUUGUGCGGCUCUUUCAAUGUCUAGAUGCAACUAAAACGGGUAACAUGAAUACAAAGUAUAAAUCACAGAAGUUAAGUAUAUAUAACUAUACAGCUUGAAGUAUGCUUUGGUAACAUAUACAUUAUAAUAUAUACAAGUAUUACUGUAUUAUAGAGUAGGCAACGUUCUGUCAUAUUGCUGUGAAAAAUGAUAU